ACAACAACAACAACAAAAUUAACAGGCUAUAGAAAAUAUGCACAGCAAUUCAAGAAUAAACCUGGGUCUUAUAUGACCACUUUUGCUAUUUUACAUGAAUUGACCGCCGUAGCACCAUUUCCGUUCAUUUAUUAUGCAUUGGACUCAUUCCCGAUGUUGAAGAUACCAUUCCCAGAUACAAUCGUUUCUGAAGGCAAUCGUUAUAUGAAUAAGGUGAGGGUACAUUAUGGUUAUGAACCUUUGGAACCUGAUAAUAGAGUGAUGAUGAAUCUGGUAACAGCAUAUUGUAUUGUCAAAGCAUUGUUACCAGUUAGAAUUGCUGCUUCUGUGGCCAUGACACCAUUCUUUGCUGAGAAAUGCAUUGGCCCCAUUGUCCAAUUUGUACGCAAG